AAUCGAGAUCUGUUGUUGGAAAGAGGAUGAGCUCAUCGUUUCGACGCCAGUUUGAGAGAGCACGGUGUGCACGGAGCACGCAGUAGCAGCAGAGGACACUUUGACCAGAACGAGUGUGCAAAGCUCGGAGUGAGUGACGGAGGACGAGGACUUUAAACAGGGACACUUCCAGUAUGGUAUGGUCCCGGGAGAGAGAGGCGGAGCGGCCUCCGCUGUCUGUCAUCAUGCCGCGGCUCUACCUCGGAGCGGAGAGCGACGUGACGCAGGACCGGCUGGCCUCUCUGGGUAUUUCCUACGUGUUGAGUGUGAGCCGCUGUAGCCCCCAGCCCUCCUUUCUGCCCUGCUCCAGAUAUCUUCGCAUCCCUAUUGAUGACUCCCUGUGGGACGACCUGCUGCCCUGGAUCCCACAGGCUUUGCACUUCAUCGAUGCAGCCAUGUCUUCUGGGGCCUCUGUGUUGGUUCAUUGCGCUGCAGGAAUUUCUCGCUCCCCGGCUCUGGCCGUCGCCUACAUCAUGUACAGCCUGGGUAUGGACUUGGACCAUGCCUACAGGUUUGUGAAAGAGCGUCGGCCCUCCAUAUCCCCAAACUUCAAUUUCCUGGGUCAGCUGCAGCACUUCCAGAGCACUCUGACCCAGAAGGCCUCUGGUGGGGACCUCCUCAUUCAGCAGCUGGAUAAUCGCCCGCCAUCUAUCAAUGACAGUGUUAACCACACUCACAGCAGUCAGAACAUGAAUCAUCAGGCUGACAGUCUCAUCAGUGGCUUAGCGGAGGUCAAACAGGCACACGGAGAGGAUUUCUACCACGGAAAGGAUACACUGCAGAGACACUCACCUUCAGGUGAAAGAGGCAACGGGUCAGGGAAACUCCGGACUCUUCAUCUCAACCUCAGUCAAAACCAGCAGCAACUCCAGGUGCCAUGUGAGGUAUCGCCUCCAAGGCUCUGUGAACCAGCAGCAAAGCCCACACACCUACAACUCCCAGCAGGCUCUGCUUCUGUACUAGAGAAACGCAAAAACCUGAGCCUCUCUUUGAUCCCUUUGGGAAUCUGCCCUACCUCCCCUUCAAGCAGCAGCCAGCAAGCAAGGUGCAGCAAGUCCAAAACUGUCCACGAUAGGGAGAUGAGAGAGUGGCCUGAGGCAAAGACACAGAAUAACAGUUGCUUCUACAGGCAGGCAGAGGACACCAACGGGGACCAGAGCCUCCCCCACAGCAAGUGCAGCCAAGCUGAAGUGAAGGAGCAGGGCCUGCUGUCACCGUUCAGCUUCACCCUCAACAAGCUGCUGGACUGGGGGGAGAGGGUGCUGCUGGGAGGGGUGUUUGUCCACCCUGUAAGGAUGGGACAGCCUGCACUGCUGUCCAGGUGCUGAGAGUGCUGGAUGGGGGUGCAGGAGCCACUGUCCUUUCUGUUUAUAUCUGUGCAUGUUUGUCAAGAGGAACCAACCCACACGCAUGAUGCAUACACCCACAUGGGAGGUCUAACAGAACCUUUGUCUCUCAUUCAUUCAUUCAUUCAUUCAUUCAUUCAUUUAUUUAUUUAUUUAUUUAUUGCAGAGCUGAAUAUAAUGUAAUAAUACUGAACAAAACUUGGUCACCUUAUCUUGUCAUUUGUACACGUAAGACAGAAACCUUUAGCAUAAAUUGUCUUGAGAUGCAUUUACUGAUGAUUAAAGACGACAUUUCAACCUUU